UUUUCCCAGCAGGGUGGUGUUUUCUCAGUAAUCAGCAGGUGCUGGUUUCUGAUGUCAUUACCAACCCCAGAGGAACAUAGUUUUGUUAGGGAUGCAACGAAAUCGAUUUUCCAAGUUCCUAGGAAUGGGGUGGAAACAGUUAACAGUAAAUCAUGAGGAGGGGGGUGUAGGGAAGAGAGAAUAUAGGGUGGCUACAGUUUAAUUCCAUUUAUUCUUAAUUUUUAGUCAAAGGACGUUUUUUGUUGUUGCAAAAUGGAGGGAAUCUAACUACUUGGUCAUUGCUUCCAAGGCCAUGAAAAUGGGUGAGUGGGAGACAUAUUUUGUUAUCAACACGAAGGUGAAUAGCCAAGUGUGGGAUCUUUACAAAAGUUCAAACCAAGAUGUUCAGGAAGGUCCAGGAGUCACUGCAGACCUGCCUCCUCACCUUCAGCAGCAUCUGGACUGUCGGCAUGGAGGCAAGGCUGUGGCCCUGUUUGAGUUGGAUCUUGCCACCAGGUACUCCAUCAGCAGCAAGAUAAUCAUAAAUGAGUUGAUGGCCUCCCUGGACAGAGAGGUGACCAUCACACUGAGCUCAAGCUCACCAUUCCACAGAACCUUGCUCUGCGACAGACCGAACACCCUGGUGGAGAAUAAGGGGUGUCUGGCCAUCAGCGUGUCCCAGAGACCAGAGGAGGACUACCACAAAAGCAAAGACUACGUGUGCCUCGGUGGCUGCUGCCAACAGCGGUCAGGCAGCCUACUGAUGGCUCCACUUCUGUCCCUGUGACCUGGACCAUUCAGCCUUUAAGUCCUAAGUCAACAAAGGUCCAUUUAGGAUAGUUUUUUGUUUGUUUUUUAGAAAGAGUGAAAAUUGGGUAGUUAAAGAAUGAAUUCAACUGAAUAAUAUUUAGAAAUUUUAUUGGCUUUUACCAGCCACUCUCCAAAAGCUUUUACAGGGCAAGAGAUUUUAUAAGACAGAAGGGAGCAGAAACAAGGAAGUUGCACCAGACAAAAAGGCAGGUUUAUUAUUGUAAGUUUACUUUCCCUAUCGGAGAAAACUAGGGCUUAUCAGGCAAGUGACCUAACUAACCAGUGCCGAUUAGUUGAUUCCUGAUUGACUGGUUUAAGGAGAGCUGAAACUGUUAAGUCUAGGUUUGGUGAUGUGGAGCUUAGCAUAUAUAACUGCAUUUUGGCCACAAAGUGUGUUUGAGGAAGAAAAGGUGACCCCAGUUAAAUCAGUAAUGUGGCACCCCUACAGGCAUUAGUUUAUCUCUCCCACUUUUCAAAUGAGGAACCAGAGCUAAAGUUGGUCUGGGGCAAGUUUGAAGUAGCCCUAGAUGGGUGGGCGAGCCUACACCUCGACAGGGCACAUCUGUGGCAGGAGACAAGAGCAAGUGGUGAGGCUGCUACAUACUCAGAUUUGGGAGAUUUAAAUGAGAGCAUUUCCUGUGAAUCAGCUUAUUUGGAUGAAUCUGAGCCGAGGAGGGUGGAUCCCUGUCCUGUGGAAAGACUCAAAGGCUCCGACUCCAUGC